AUGGCAUUCCCUUUAUCUAGAUACUUUGCAGUUGCAUUAAGCGGAUACUACUGUAUAAGCAGAAAAAAGAGUGUCUGUUAUUGCGAAAAUGGGAAGAUAGAAGAAAGAGUAUUCCUUUUUGGCGAUAGGCGAUCGUUGAUGAAAGGAAUAAAGCAGAAUGGAGAGGUACCUUUUUUUUCGAAAAAUAACAUAAAGGUAAAAAAAAUAACCUUCGGUAAUGGCAUAGGUAGCUGUAUUACCGAGAAUGAUGAUAUUUACAUAUGGGGAUCGUAUGAAGAUGAUGAACACAAGGAACUGGUCUAUACAACUCCAGUGAAACUAAACACAGACGAAGGAUUUACGGAUGUACAAUUUUCGAAUAGUGAUAUAUAUCUUAUGAGCAAAAAAGGAGAAUUAAAAAUUGUUAGAUGUUAUAAAAAUUGUUUAAAAAAAAACGAAUUCAUAGUUGAAGAUUUUUACAAAUGUAAGAAUAGUUUUUUUUUUCAAAGCGAACGAAUAAUCAAGUUAAGUGUGAAUAAAUAUCAUCUAGCUUUUGUUACAAAUAAGGGAAAUGUGUAUUGCUCAGGCAAUAAUUUGUAUGGACAGUGUGCAAAGGAGCCAUCACUUAGGAAUAACUUCAAUAUAAAUUACAAUUUUGAAUUUGCCAACAAAAUAAAUGGUACCUUACACAUGUUUAGUAAAAAUAGCCUUGGGGGGGUUGUUCAAAAUGGGGAAGAAGAAGAAGACCCAAAUGAACACACCCAAAAGGAGGAUACCCCCAAUGGGUACUCCUUCAGGGUUAAGAAUAAAGGAACAGCUGUUCCAUCCAAAUGUGCCGAUUCGCAUGAUGGAAUUAUUUCUAGCCCACCGGAUGGGAAAAUUGAGCCGGAGGAUACACCUCUAUGUGAUACCCACGAUGUGGACAAGAUUAGCCGAGAAAUUAACGAUAGUAGUAGUUCUUUGACAUAUACGAAUUUGCGUGGCGAAGGGGGGGACGACUGCGAAGAUGAGGAACGCUUGAGUCAUUUAAUCACGAAUGAUGAAAGCUACAAAUGCGAUAAAAACAAUUAUGUACAUAUUAAUAAAGUACCAUUUGAGGGAAAAACAAAAAUUGUUGAUGUGUCCUGUGGACUGAACCAUACAUUAUGUCUGGACGAUGAAAAUAAUAUUUACAGUUUUGGAGACGAUAGUAAAAUUCAACUAGGUCUGGGGGAAAGCAGAACAAAUAAGAACUCCCUUUCAGGAACCAGUUGGAAAGAUCAGUUAAAACUUGGCUAUUCCACUGUAACAAAAAAUUUGGCAAAUUAUUCCUUUUAUGAUAGACAUAUUCAAAGUAUUCCACAGAAGGUACUAAAAAAAAAGAAUGACAACGAAAUGGUUGAUAAGAUUUACAAAAUUAAUGCAGGGUCGAAUUUCUCCAUGAUACAUUCAAAUGACAAAUUUGGGAAGCAAUUGUUCUGUUUUGGCGAUAAUAUGUAUUUUCAGUGUGGGCGACAUAUGGGCAAACAUCAGCAGACAUUAUCUACUGUAAAAUUGCCGAACAACAGAAUAAAAGAUUUUUCCUGUGGCGAUAAGCAUUGUUUGUUAAUAUUGAAUGAUAGGCUUUAUGGCUGGGGAUACAACAACAAGCAUCAAAUAACUCCAUAUAAAAACAAAGGAAUAAUUAACUAUCCGGUACAUAUUUUCUCCCAAAAGUAUUAUCCUGAUAAUUUUGACAUUAAGUAUGUGAAUGCCAGCUACAAUAAUUCGGCUGUUGUCGUUACACAGAGUAUAAAAGCGAGUUAG